AAUGAAAAGAUACCUUUUUCCGCCAUCUUGGGGCCUGUGGAGGCCUGCUGGGAACAGGACUCCUCUAAAACGCCGAAUAAUGUCUGGAAGGCUGUGGUCCAAGGCCAUUUUUGCUGGCUAUAAGCGGGGUCUCCGCAACCAGAGGGAGCACACAGCUCUUCUUAAAAUCGAAGGUGUAUAUGCUCGAGAUGAAACCGAAUUCUAUCUAGGCAAGAGAUGUACUUACGUGUACAAAGCAAAGAACACCACAGUGACUCCUGGUGGCAAACCAAACAAAACCAGAGUAAUCUGGGGAAAAGUAACUCGUGCUCAUGGAAACAGCAGCAUGGUUCCUGCCAAAUUCCGAAGCAACCUUCCUGCUAAAGCCAUUGGCCACAGAAUCCGUGUGAUGCUGUACCCCUCAAGGAUUUAAAUUUAAUGAAAAGUAAGUAAAGGUGUAGAUUUGUUCUCUUGUAAAAAAAAAAAGAAUGAAAAGAU